GGUGACGUCACCGCGCAGCCGGGCCGUGGCCGGAAGCAUGAGGACGUGGGCCACAGCGCGGGCCGUUUGGGAGCCGGUGUCGGGGCUGCGGCCUUAGCAGUGUCCGGCUCGAGCUUCUGGUUCUUCUGGGGUCUCCGGGGCCCGCGAUGCCCCCACCCGGGCCGCGAGGCGUCGUGGGCCUGUUGGCCGCGUGGCGGCCGCUGUUCCGGGGCCGGCUCCUGCUGGUCACCAAUACUCUGGGCUGCGGGACGCUGAUGGCGGCGGGGGACGGGGUGCGCCAAGCCUGGGAGCGAAGGCUGGCCGAGGACCCCUCCAGGCCGCCGCGACCGAUCGACCUGCGCCGCACUGCACGGAUGUUUGCCAUGGGCUGUAGCAUGGGCCCCUUCCUGCACUACUGGUACCAGUGGCUGGACAAACUCUUCCCCGCCAUGGGAUUUAAAGAUAUUCGAACCAUCCUGAAGAAGGUGCUCAUUGACCAGCUGGUGGCAUCCCCUAUCCUGGGCGUGUGGUACUUCCUGGGGAUGGGCUGCUUAGAGGGCCAGAGCCUCAACACAAGUUGCCAGGAGCUGCAGGACAAGUUCUGGGAGCUCUACAAGGCUGAUUGGUGUGUAUGGCCAGCAGCUCAGCUGGUGAACUUCCUUUAUGUGCCUACCCGUUACCGAGUGAUGUAUGUAAACAGCAUGACGUUGGGCUGGGAUACCUACCUCUCCUACCUAAAGCACCGGGACCGCCUGCCUGGCUGUAUGGGCCUUGCCUCUCGCACUGACUAAGACGCUGGGAGGGACCAAGCACUUGGCAGUGGUAUCACAGCAGGCCCACACGGGGGCAUCUGGGCUUGGAGCAAGGCAGUAGCCACCAGCUCUCUGAACACAACUGGACCCUAGAAACCUAAUCAAAGAUUGCCAUUUAAUUUCUUAAUUGAUUUACUGUAUUCAGGAGAUAAAGAGGAAUAUGAGCAGAGUGGACUCAGGCCUUGGGCCUAAUCAGCCACACCAUUCCUAGUGGGACCCCACUUCUCUGGAGAUGAGUAACCAGGGAUCUCAAAGCACCUUAUGGAUCAAAGCAGUAGAGCCCCUUGAAGGGGCUGGCUAGCAUGGAGGGGCCCACUUUGCAUGUCAUUACAAGACCAGUGCCUGCUAUGAAAGCAGCAUAAUUAGGCCAGCCCAUGUAGCACAGGACUCUAGGAUGUAUAGAGUCCUUGGGAUUGAGGGCCGGAGAAGGAACAGACAGGUUGUUGGCUUUGUGUUUCCCUGGCCCCGGAUCAGAAAGGAAAGAUCCUGGAAGCCCUCAGUUAGCUCUUAACCAGGGCCAAGGUCAGAGGGGUGGCAGGUGGGCAGGAUCAGACCUGGGAGAUGCUGUUGCCUUCCUGCCAUGGGGGGGGGGGGGCGGCCUGAGCUCCUUGGUCCCCUUAACUUAGCCUCAGGUAGGAGGCUUGUUCUGGAAUGGAAGGUGUCUUGGGCUAAUAAAGAUGCUAACUCAGAUAAGCUGUA